CCAUACGCGCGGAAUCUUUAAUCAUUCAUUUUGCACGUCGGAGUGUAAACAUGAGCGCACCAAGUAAUUUCAGCUGCGUUCAGCAUUAGUUCAGAUAUAUAAAGCUACAACGCGGCAGGGAACCUGCAGAAAACAUUAAAAUCAUCCCUUUACGAUGUGAAGGGAUAUUGUUUAUCUUAUUGAUUGAUUUACAUCACAACCUACUGUAGCUGUCACUUGAAAGUCAAACUCAUCAUAAAGACCCCUUAGAAGUUUGCCGGGGCCCCCUAGUGGACCUUGUCCCCUGGUUAAGAACCACUCAUUUAAAGGGUGAGCUCCUUAGGUCAGGACAGCUGUGCCAAAUCAUCACAAAAAGAUGAGCCAGGAGGUAUCCAUCCAUAGUUGGCCUGGCUCUUAUUACAUCAACAGUGAGAAACGCUGGGCCAGUGGCAUUCUUUCCUUAACCCGCACCACCCUGUGCUUCACUUCUGAGCAGAAACAUGAGAAUCUGGCUAGCCUGAGGCUCUCGCGCAUCAUGGAGAUCAAGAUGGAGGCCUCCAGCUUAAUUUUUGGUGCUCUCACUGUGUUGGAGCAGGGAAACAUCAAGCACUGGUUUGGGUCUCUCAGGCCUUGUCGUAUUGCUGUUUACCACGUGCUAGAGCACUUCUGGAGGGAACGGCUGUUGUCACCCACAGAGCCACAUGGAGUUGAAGCUCCUCUUAGUAAGGGCCAGGAGCUGAUCAGCCUGAUAUCUGGAGCCCAAAGGAGGUUGGAAGAUACUGGAAAAGUCCUGAACCACCAGGGAGAGCAGUUUGACAACAUGAUUCAGGGCCUGGACAAGAUCGAAUCAGACCUGAACGUGGCAGAUAAACUACUCUCCGAACUUGAGUGUCCGUCUUGGUGGCCUUUUGGCAAACUGCCAUGGAAGAGCCAUCAGGAGGCCAAGUCUGAGGCAGCUGCCAAAGUGCCCUAUACUAAAGUUUCAGGCAAGGGCCAAAAAGUCAUAAUCAGCAUUCCAGCUAUUGUCUCCCGUGUUGGAAACGCUGGAAACAUGAAACCAGGUAGCCUGGUGGUUUUGGUCUCUUCUCUGGAGAUUCAAGAUGCAAAUGGACAGCUCCUUCAUUGCUUUGAGAAGGAAGAGGUGGACGAUAUCCAUGUGCACAGCCCCUACGAGAUCAGUGUUCGUCAUCGCUUCAUUGGGAAACCUGACAUCUGUUUUAGAGUUCUCUCUGCCAGGAUGACUGAAGCUUUAUCUGUAUUGGAGAUGCAGUACAAGAAGAAAAUUGAGAUUACACGUGACUAUGCAGCAUUUCAGGCAACUUUGGCAACCAGACCAGAAAGCCCAGAAGGUGGAGGAAACAUUUGGAGCGCAGGUCAUGGACAGCAAACGGAGGUGCCAGUGGAGGUGCCUGCUGGUGAACUGACACAACUUCAACUUCAUGUGCUUCAGCCUACUGUAACUGAGGCAGAGGCACAGGAGCUAAAACAGAUGCUCCAGCAGCUGAAGCAUCUUGCCCUGGAGGCUGAGACAGAGCUGGAGCGUCAAGACGAAGCUCUGGAUGUAUUGAGUUGUUCUACAGACCGCACCACCAUGAACAUUAACAGACACACCUGCCGCAUGAGGAAACUGCUGUGAACUUAAUGCUUAAUGGCAGAUUAAUGGUAAGAUAUUCAUAAGUAUAUACACACAAAAUAAAAUAAAAAUAAAUAAAUAAAUAAAACUUUGUUUCUUAAUACAGCACUGUUUAUACUGUAAAUUCAUUUGAUCUUUAUGAGUAAGGUAGAAAGCUGUAAAGAGCGAAAAUGAGGUUGGCUCUGAUGUCAAUCAUGUUAGCAAACGAUAGCAGUAAUAGCAAUGGCAAAAGGUUUUGGUUAAAGGUUAGGCAUUUUGUACGCUAAAUAAAAACACUCUUAAGAGUGAAGUGUCAAAUAAUAUUGUAGUAGGGAUGUCAAAAGUACCAGUACCAUGUUGACACUAAAAUAAAAUAUAUCUAUAAAA